CCCUGUGCCCCUUGAAGCUGUCCCCUGCACUCCUCUUCCCAGCUGCAGGCUGGGUGGAGCCGCCCUCGCGGUUUGGGCGUGUUCUUCCCUGUGCCGGGACCCUGCGUCCUCUGUCAGGGACCCAGCGAGUGGACUGCUGACCGGUGCUAGGCGCGCGGCCACCAUGACGGGAAGCAACAUGUCAGAAUGUCUGGCGGAUGCCAUGUGCCAGCGGUGCCAAGCCCGGUUUGCCCCCACAGAGCGCAUCGUCAACAGCAAUGGGGAACUCUACCACGAGCACUGCUUUGUGUGUGCACAGUGCUUCCCGGCCUUCCCCGAGGGGCUCUUCUAUGAGUUUGAGGGCCGGAAGUACUGUGAACACGACUUCCAAAUGCUGUUCGCUCCAUGCUGCGGAUUCUGUGGUGAGUUUGUCAUUGGCCGCGUGAUCAAGGCCAUGAACGCCAACUGGCAUCCGGGCUGCUUCCGCUGUGAGCUGUGCGACGUGGAGCUGGCUGACCUGGGCUUUGUGAAGAACGCAGGCAGGCACCUCUGCCGGCCUUGCCACAACCGUGAGAAGGCCAAGGGCCUGGGCAAAUUCAUCUGCCAGAGGUGUCACCUCACCAUUGAUGAGCAGCCCCUCAUGUUCAAGAAUGAUCCCUACCACCCGGACCACUUCAGCUGCUCCCACUGUGGGAAGGAGCUGACCUCUGAUGCCCGAGAGCUGAAGGGUGAGCUCUACUGCCUGCCUUGCCACGACAAGAUGGGCAUCCCCAUCUGCGGGGCUUGCCGCCGGCCCAUUGAGGGCCGUGUGGUCAAUGCGCUGGGCAAACAGUGGCACGUGGAGCACUUUGUCUGCGCCAAGUGCGAGAAGCCAUUCUUGGGGCACCGGCACUAUGAGAAGAAAGGCCUAGCAUACUGUGAGACCCACUACAACCAGCUCUUUGGGGAUGUCUGCUACAACUGCAGUCAUGUGAUUGAGGGUGACGUGGUGUCGGCCCUCAGCAAAGCCUGGUGUGUGAACUGCUUCUCCUGUUCCGCCUGCAACAUGAAGCUCACUCUGAAGAACAAGUUUGUGGAGUUCGAUAUGAAGCCUGUGUGUAAGAGAUGCUAUGAAAGGUUCCCCCUGGAACUGAAGAAGAGGUUGAAGAAGCUGUCCGACCUGAGCUCCCGCAAGGCCCAGCCUAAGCCUGUGGGCGUCAACUCAGUCUGAAGGUCCUUGGCCUCCUUGCCUGCCUGCAGAACCUUAGCCCUCACCCUCCUGCCCCAAGUCCUGCUAGCCACCUCCCACUUCUCCUCCAUUGCAGCCCCUCCUCCGGGGGGAAUUUUGUUUCCAGUCCACUUCGGGCUAUGUAGUCCUCUCUUCUGUGCUGAGGCCUGGCCCACGUCACAAGCAUUUCCUCCCGGACCCACAACCUCCAGGGACUGGGACAAACUGGGGCAGGAUGAUUUGCCACUUGCUUGGCCCGCUGAUCCCAGCCUGAUACCUCCUCU